AUGCUGGUUGUGCUGAGAGAGUUCGACCCAGAGAGGGAUUGUGCCGGUGCUGAAGCCGUCGACCGGGCUUGUGAGGUCGGGUCGAAUGGCAAGAUGAGUCUUUUCACUGACCUUCUUGGUGAUCCCGUGUGCCGUAUUCGCCAUUCUCCGGCAUUUCUCAUGCUCGUGGCGGAGACAGUUGGUCCGGCGCCGGAGAUCGUCGGCGUUGUUCGUGGCUGCGUUAAGACCGUCGCCACUACGACAAGCGUCGAAACCUUGGCGGUUUAUGCGAAGGUCGGCUACAUUCUUGGCCUCCGUGUUUCCCCGUACCACCGGAGGUUGGGAAUAGGGAUGAAACUAGUGAGAGGAAUGGAACAGUGGUUCACAGAGAAAGGGGCGGAGUACGCUUACGUGGCAACGGAGAAGGAUAACGAAGCGUCGGUGCGGUUAUUCACCAGGGGGUGCCGGUACUCCAAGUUCAGAACCCCAGCCAUCCUAGUGAACCCUGUUUUCGCUCACCAAGCGCCGGCGCCGAGCGGCGCCGCCGUGAUCAGCAUCUCCGCCGCCGACGCCGAAACCCUGUACCGGCGCCGGUUCUCCGGCGUCGAGUUUUUCCCGCGCGACAUCGAUGCCGUUCUCCGCAACCCUCUAUCCCUUGGAACGUUCCUCGCAAUCCCUAAAUCGUGGAGAUAUGGAGGGAUCGAGACAUUCAUCGCCGAUCCGCCGGAAUCUUGGGCGGUGCUGAGCGUGUGGAACUGCAAGGAUGUGUUCCGGCUUGAAAUCCGGGGGGCGGGGAGGUUCCGGAAAGGGGUGGCGUGGGCGAGUCGGGCGGCGGAUCGGGCGUUGCCAUGGCUGCGGAUCCCGUCGGUGCCGGAUUUAUUCCACCCUUUUGGGGUUUUCUUUCUCUAUGGUGUGGGAGGGGAGGGGCCUGGGGCGGCGAUGAUGGUGAAGGCAUUGUGUGCGCGGGCGCACAACAUGGCGAGGGUUGCCGGCGGGGUCGGUGUGGUGGCGACGGAGGUGGCAAGCUGCGAUCCGCUUCUCGGUGGGAUCCCUCACUGGCGGCGGCUCUCCAUGGCGGAGGAUCUCUGGUGCGUGAGGCGUUUGGGAGAGGACGAUGGCGGCGAUGGGGAUUGGACCAAGUCUCCUCCGAGAAUUUCAAUCUUCGUGGAUCCUCGAGAGAUCUGAU